CCACCCCUCCCCCAGCGGGGCAUCCGGGGCGGCGGCCGCGCGGCUGCCUCCGCUUCGGCGGUGCCGGCGCGCCGUGCCGCCGGUUCCCGAGCCCCCCGGGCCGAUCGCCGGGCAUGCGGGCGCUGCUGGUGCUGGGAACCCUCCGGCUCCGGCCUGGCUUUGGACGCGUCGCGUUUCGUGGAGAGGCUGGCCGGCACGCGCAAAAACCACGGAACCGAGUCGAAAACAAACUAACGGAAGCCCAUCGCGCCUCGCGUCGCCCUCUCCCCUCCCUCCUCUCUUUUAAAGACGCGGCGACCGCCACCCUCCCUCGCCUUGUCUGUUCUUUCACCUCUCGUCGCCCGCCCGCCUCCCCUCUCAUCUCGUCCCACCUCCCCUCUCCAAUUCCCUGCUCGCCGCGGCGUGCGUCCCGCGCCGUCGAUUUGCGUUUCCAUUAUGGUAUCUCUAUCUCGUCGGAUCGCGUAGGGCAACAACAGCAACAGCCGCACGUACGGCUAGGAUACGCUUUCCAACCCCCGAAUUCGUCGCGGCUUCUCGGCUCCUCCCUCCUCGGGGGCGGCGGGCCUUCCUCCCUGACAGGUGUUGGCUCCGGCGGUUUCUGCUGGUCGCAGAGGCUCAGGAGGCGGCUCGCGGCUGUUUCCUCCUGACUCGGCUUGAAGAAGACGCGCCAUGGAGGCGAAGCAGCGGGCGCGCCACGGCGAGGAGAGGAGGCCGUCGGCGGCGGCCGAUGGCGAGGAGUACGACCCGUGGACGGCGUGGCUCUACAAGCCGCACACCAUCUCGGUGCUCCUCGUCGGCGCCUGCCUUCUCAUCUGGGCAAGUGGAGCACUUGAUCCUGAAGGCGCUGCUGCUCACAGUAGCGUGACAUCAAUCAAGAGGGGUGUCUGGGCUAUGAUUGCAGUCUUCCUUGCCUACUGCACACUUCAAGCACCUUCAACGAUACUUAUUAGGCCCCAUCCUGCUGUCUGGCGCCUAGUGCAUGGACUGGCUAUCGUUUACCUCGUUGCUCUUACCUUUCUUCUUUUCCAGAAUCGUGACGAUGCUCGCCAGUUCAUGAAACAACUUCACCCUGAUCUUGGAGUCGAAUUGCCGGAGAGAUCUUAUGGAGCUGAUUGCCGUCUGUAUGUUCCAGAAAACCCUAAAAACAAGUUCAUAAAUAUUUAUGAGACAUUGUUUGAUGAAUUUGUUGUUGCCCAUAUCCUUGGGUGGUGGGGCAAAGCUGUAAUGAUACGGAAUCAACUUCUCCUUUGGGUCUUGUCGAUUGGCUUUGAGCUUAUGGAGCUAACGUUCAGACAUAUGUUGCCAAACUUUAAUGAGUGCUGGUGGGAUAGCAUUAUUUUGGAUAUCUUGAUCUGCAAUUGGUUUGGAAUGCACACAGUCCGUUACUUUGAUGGCAAAACAUAUGAAUGGGUUGGACUGAGCCGCCAGCCAAGCAUCAUGGGUAAGGUGAAAAGAUCACUAAGUCAGUUCACCCCUGCACAAUGGGAUAAGGAUCAGUGGUAUCCUUUCAUGGGACCACUGCGAUUCAUCCAAGUGCUAUUCCUCUGCGUCGUCUUCAUGACUGUGGAGCUUAACACGUUCUUUCUCAAAUUUUGUCUAUGGAUUCCUCCAAGGAAUCCCUUGGUCGUGUACAGAUUGAUCCUCUGGUGGUUGAUUGCCAUCCCAACCAUCCGCGAGUAUAACUCCUACUUACAAGACAGCAAACCAGUGAAGAAGGUUGGAGCCUUUUGUUGGCUUUCUCUGGCUAUUUGCAUAGUGGAGUUGCUUAUCUGCAUGAAGUUUGGGCAUGGGCUAUUUCAUGACCCAAUGCCUUCCUGGUUGAUCAUCUUUUGGAGCUCAGUGGGGAUUGCGCUUGUGAUUUUCUUGCUUGCAUGGUCAUGGAGGAAUCACCAAAAAUUUCGGAGAAAGCAGCUAUGAUAGAUAUGAUAUAUUGCAGUAAUUUAUCUCGGACACUUUCAAACUUGCUUCUUCUUCUUUGGAUACAGGCGCUGUACAUAUGUGUAUGUGAUGGAACUAGAUGUUUGGAUCCAUGGACUAAUUUUUAGUUUGGAUCA